AUGAAAAAGAAGAAAAAACGCAAGGCCUCCUAUUCUGUUCUUGAUAAGUCCCUUGUCUUGUCCAUACAGCCUCAAUUAGGGGGACGAGAUUGGAAUGAUAUUAGAGGUCUCCUUAGUCCUGACGUUCUGACUCUCCCUCCUGACCCUCGGGGUAAUAUCACCGACCCACCCCUGGAUAAGUAUUUUGGGGUCCAUCUUCUGUCGCUACAGGUUGGGCUGCGGUUUCCCCUUCAUAGGUUUGUGAUAGAUUUUAUGAACCACUACGAGAUAGCCCCCGGUCAGCUUGUUCCCAAUGGUCACCGGGUAAUUGCGGGCUUUCUUGCUAUAUGUAAGGACAAAGGGAUAGAACCCAUGCUAGAUCUUUUCCAGGCUCUUUUCAUAGUUGGUAGGGCUUCUCAGGAGGGUAAGGGAUUUGUCAUGGUUUCGAGCAGACCGCAUUUCAAACUCUUUGAGGACCGUCCUACUUAUAACAAGGAUUGGAAACCCAAAUAUGUCUUUGUCACCCUUGUGGGUCAUCAGUCUCCCUUUCGUGUCACGUGGGGAUCCCAUUUACGUUGCCCUCCUACUCCUGACAUGAGUCCCUCCCUCCGCCGAGAUGUAGAUGAUUUACUAGGGGAUGGACAUUUAUCGAUCGUUGAUUAUACUACCGAGUGGAAGCUCGCGGGUUUGGGCUUCGUGAGGGCUCAUCCGGCUGUUCUUUCACCCACGGGUACCAUGUCUUCAUCUUCGAGAACCGGUCGAUACAUGUCGCGACAGGAUCCCCCCCCCCCCCCCUCCCCAAAGAAGAGCAAGGUAGAGAAGGGUAAAGCCGAGGCCACGGAGGUGAUGCCGCCUUCGCUGGCACGCACGCCGACUCCAUCCAAGGACGUUGAGCGUACGCCUACCCCAACAAAGGUUGCCCAGAGGGUGCGUGUACCUACUCCAACCAAGGUUGCCGAGGGGGUGCGUGUGCUUACUCCAACCAAGGUUGCCGAGGGGGUGACGCAGCCUCCACCGACUCGCACGCCCACGGCCGUUACUUUUUCCCCCUUAACCCCCCGAGGUGCAAGGGGAUACUUCUACUGA